UGUGUAUUGUGUGAUAGAGAAAAUGUAAGUUAAAGUUUUUAUUACAUGAUCUCGAAACUGAUUCGUCAUUUAUAGUAUCUGUUAGAAAUGUUAUUAAUAAGUUGUGAAGAAACUGGUUAAAGUUCAACUUUAAUCAAUUUCUAAUUGUCAUUCUUCGAUUUUAUUGUAUUUCUUCGGUAGAGGAAAUCGGAAAAGGACGACUAGUAAAUAUUUUGAUAUAAAUUAGAUCAAUUCUUAGUACUUGUCAUACCAAACUAAGAAAGAUGAGUCUCAAAGGUAAAAUAUACGUGAUCGGUGUUGGGAUGACUAAAUUUGAGAAACCUGGAAAACAGGAUGGUCCAGAUUUUCCACAAUUAGCAAAAGAAGCGUUAAACAAUGCUUUGAAAGAUGCUAAUGUCCCAUACAGUGAUAUCAAAGCUGCUUGCGUUGGAUAUGUAUACGGAGACUCAACUUGUGGUCAAAGAGCCAUUUACGAAGUAGGAUUGAAUGGUUGUCCUAUUUAUAAUGUAAAUAAUAAUUGUUCAACUGGAUCAACUGCGUUAAUGCUGGCUAAGCAAAUCAUAGAAAGUGGAAAUGCCGAUUGCGCUUUAGCUCUUGGUUUUGAAAAAAUGGAACAAGGUUCAUUGACAUCUAAAUUUUUAGAUCGUACGAAUCCAAUGGAUAAACAUGUUCAACUUAUGGCCGAUAUUGCUGGAAUAAAUGAAAAACCAAUUACUGCCCAAAUGUUUGGAAAUGCUGGUCUCGAACAUAUGAAGAAAUAUGGGACAAAAGCUGAACAUUUUGCAAAAAUUGCUUAUAAAAAUCAUUUACAUUCCGUAAAUAAUCCAUAUUCUCAGUUUCAAGAAAAGUAUUCUUUACAACAAAUAAUGAAAUCUCCAAAUGUAUUUGGACCUCUUACGAAACUUCAAUGCUGUCCUACUUCUGAUGGUGCAGCAGCUGCUAUUUUAGCUAAUGAAGAUUUUGUUCGUAAACAUCGAUUAGAGUCACAAGCAGUAGAAAUUUUAGCAAUGGAAAUGUCUACCGACUUGCCAUCCACAUUCACAGAGAAUAGUUGCAUCAAACUUAUUGGAUAUGAUAUGACUAGAAAUGCUGCAGAGAAGGUUUUCACGACAACCAAGUACAGACCGGCAGAUGUAGAUGUAAUAGAGUUGCAUGAUUGCUUUUCAACCAACGAACUGAUCACUUAUGAAGCUUUAGGACUUUGUCCUCCAGGCAAAGGUGGACAACUCGUGGAUUCUGGAGAUAAUACAUAUGGUGGAAAGUAUGUCAUAAAUCCUAGCGGAGGUUUAAUUUCCAAAGGACAUCCCUUAGGAGCUACGGGCAUUGCACAAUGUGCAGAACUUUGUUGGCAACUCCGAGGACAAGCUGGAAAACGACAAGUGCAAGGAGCGAAAUUAGCAUUACAACAUAAUAUAGGUUUAGGCGGUGCUGUUAUCGUUGCUUUAUAUAAAUUAGGCUUUCCUGACAGUGUACCUAAUCUCGUGAAAAAAGCUGUAUCUUCUGGCCCUGUUAAACAGAAUAAAACUGGCAGCGUCGAUCCGAAUUCUUUCAAAGCUGGUCCGCUUUUUAAAUUACUUGAAAUUGCAAUGUUAGAAGAUACGGAUGGCCUGAUAGAAAAAGUUCGUGGAAUUUAUGGAAUUAAAGUGAUAAAUGGGCCCGGAGGUGCAGAAGCAUAUUGGGUAAUAAAUGCUAAAACAGGCAAAGGAUCAGUAGAAUUAAAUGGUAAAAGUAAGCCUGAUAUUACAUUUAUCAUCAGUGAUAAUGAUAUAAAUGAUUUUAUCACAGGAAAAUUAAAUCCACAAAAAGCAUUUUUUCAAGGUAAAAUUAAACUUCAAGGUAAUAUAGGCUUUGCUAUGAAAUUAAUUGAUUUGCAAAAACGUGCAGCCAAAAAAAUCGAUUUACUACGUUCUCGAUUAUAAUUCUACUUCCGAUGAAAAAACUCAUAUAUUUUACGAAAAUCACGGGGUUAUACGGAUCCAAGUAUUUCUUUAUUAAUGCGUAUCCUGGGAAAACUUUUUAAGAUCACGCAAACAGUUUUAAGAAAUUGGGUAACUUGUAAUGGGUUAAAAAUAAAUAUUAUCUUGGAAAUGGGUAAUAUAUAAACUAUUAAUCGAAUUAAAUAUUUAUCAAAAUGAUAAAUAUUUAACUAAUAACAUGUAACCGUUUUAUAAAUGGAUCGAUAAUAA